CCACUGCUUUAUUUUUUAUAAAACAGAGAAAAUCGAAUGCUUUCCCAAUGCUCGAUACAUAAGGAAUUCUACAUGUGGCAUAAAGGCAGUCAGUCGCUACCGAUCGCACACGAAUAUGGAAUGUGAUAUUGUGGAUCGUUUGAAAAAUGUUUCGCUUAAUUUGCAACUUUUUCUGCGAAAUACCGCCAAUCACUACAAACCAUUUCUAGUCAAUGUCACCGCCAAUUUGUGCAAAAUUCUGGAUAGACGAAACUUUCCCGCCUACACAACAACCGUAAUGAAUAUACUAAAAGAAGUAUCGAAUGUGAAUCAUAGUUGUCCAUAUACGAAACGCCUAGUGGUUAAAAAUCUCUUUAUUGAUGACAAGUUUUUACCCAUUGAACCACCCUUGGGACUCUAUAAGGGUGUUUUCCAUUUCUUCGAAGGAUUCCCCUACGAUGAUAUAGGUACGGUCAUACUUUAUGUACAGGCUAUUGAAGUGAAGCAAUUUAAACGACGUAUAAAAGCACCGAAAUUACGAGCACACUCGAAUUUGAAAUAAAAAAUUGGCAAUUAAAAUAAAAUUUGCAUUAAUAUCAUUUGCC